AUGAAAAGCAAAAUAUUCCACGAUGGCGGGGAUUAUUCACAGCGCUGCAUCUUAAACAGUGGAUUAGGCAGGUCCGCCGUGGCUCUGAGUGGUGUGUCGGAGACGGUCUGCUCCAGUGUCUCCUCUGGUCCGGCUAGCAUUAGCUGUCUGACCUGCUUGGCUCCGAAGCAAAUUUUAGCGAUUGCAUUUGUUUUACUUUGAGGCUGGACAGCAUUAACACUAAAACCCGGAUGGUAACCACAAAGACAUAACUGGAACGGGUAACCGUCAAUGCAAAGAAAAAGGAUCCAUGGCAAAGUGGCUGAAGGACUACCUGAACUUUGGCAGCAGGCGUGAUCCUCCACAACCCCCGAGGCCAGAUUACAGCGAGAGCGAGAUUUUGAGGGCCUACAGAGCUCAGAAGGAGCUAGAUUUUGAGGACCCGUACCAGCACACUGAUAAGGAGCAUCAGAAUGGGGGUUUUGGCUCCUGUAAUGCCACUGUGAGCCUUCCCUCUUUCCCUGCAUUUGGUUCAGUGCUGCCUAAUGGUGUAGAGGUAAAACUCGUGUCUCCAAAACACAGACUGAUUAAAGUGGACUCUCAGGAGUUUGGUCGCUGUAAAGUCCCUCUGAGCCCUGUGACUGUUCAGGAGGAACCUGUGGUUCCCUCUGCCCCAGCAGCGUCAGAGGCCGACGCAGAUUACUCUGAUCCUUUUGACGCACAUCCACACCCAAGAGCCAGAACAAACUGGGAGCCCAAAUCUGCACCAGCAGACUGCUGCAGUUACAUGGAGCCAUUUGAGGCCCAGCGAAUCAUUUCAGAACUACAGCACAACAUGAUGGCCAACCGGUCUGGGAGUGGAGAUGGCAGCCAGCUAUAUGACAACCCUUAUGAGGAGAAGGCUCGGCACCACCAUCGAGCUGGUCCGCCUCAGAAGGUUGAGGGUGGGGUGAUAGACAGCAAGGAGAGCAGGCUGCCUCAGGAUGACGAGAGGCCGGCUGAUGAAUAUGACCAGCCGUGGGAGUGGAAGAAGGACAACAUCUCUAAAGCCCUAGCAGUUCAGUUUGAAGGGACAGAAAGAGAGCGAUCACGAGGUCAGACAGAACAGUCCAGGCUUACCAUGACAGGCGCCACAUCAGAGGCAACUACACUCCGUCUUGUAGGUGACACUCCUUCGCUUUUGGGAGAGAGGGUGGAUCCAUCUCUGCCGCUUGAGAAGCAAGUGUGGUACCAUGGAGCCCUGAGCCGCGCUGAGGCAGAGAGUCUGCUGACUCUGUGCAAGGAGAGCUCCUACCUGGUGAGAAAUAGCCAGACGUGCCGAAACGACUACUCUCUCUCCCUCAGGAGCUGCAAAGGCUUCAUGCAUAUGAAGUUCACCCAGUCCCCAGACGGCCGCUACGUCCUCGGAGAGAACAGCCCUCCAUUCUCGACCAUCCCCGAGGUCAUCACCUACUACACGACACACAAGCUGCCAAUCAGAGGAGCCGAGCACAUGUCCCUGCUGUAUCCUGUCCCAGUGCAGACCCUCUGACGCUUGCAAGAGAUUGGACCAUCUGGUGCCAUCUUUUCUGUUUUUACUUUAAUCCCUGUAUCUACACUGGCCGCUUACAAGAGAGCUCUGUGCUUAAGGAAUCUGUGAAACAGUACAUCACUGAAAUCCCUCUAUUUAUCUGUCAUGGACUCUUGAAAGUCAGCAAUCGCUGAUAAUAGGAUUGUUAGCCGAGUACUUUCACCUCACAGAGGAAAAAGACAAAAUCUAGUCUCAAGACGGUAGAAUUUAUGUAAUCUUGCAUGGAGUUUUGUCUUUAUUGCUGUCAGAUGUGAAGCAGACUUAAAGAAUAUUAUUGGUGGGGUCAUGGGGGCCUUAGCUUGUGCCAAUAAUCCCGUUUUCUGUUUGUUUUUUCAUGUCACAUGAAUUUCAUGUUUUUUAAACUGACAAAAAAGGUCAAAGUGAUUGGUGCUCUGGCGUGAGGAUUGAGAACUAAGUUUAAAAGGUUGGAAAUGCAGUUGAAAUCAUGCUGUGACUACAAGCAGCAUUGUUGUUAUAUUUUUUAAGUGUUAGUUACAAUUAUGAACCAAACACUACAUAUUUAAGCCGGACCAUCUCUGCGCCCCGGGGUUUUCUCUCUGCGCGUUUCAGAGGCCCGGCAAUGUUACUUGAUGCUGUAGCCGUUUUGCCCUGCAGUGUUCUUGGCUCCUCUUGUUAAUGUGUGAACAACACAAAGUUGGCUGCGUCACACAAUAACAGACUCCUGCAAUACUAGUUUAGAGAAUAUUAACUACAGUAUUAUACUGAAAGCUUGUGGCUUUGUGAACAUGAUUAUCAAAGAAGCUUUGGUAGUUUAAUUACUGUGCUAUUUUAUAAAAUUUUAAAACCCUGUAAAAAUAAAGGUUGUGGUGUUUUCAA